AUUUUUUUAUUUGUUAUUUAUUUUAUAUAUAUUUAUCUUAAACGAGCAGAGAUCUUCGAGUCUUUCACUUUGCAGGAGAAUCUUCACUGAGUGGGGCCAUCUGUAAUCCGCAAAGGCCGGAAUCUGUUCAAGAUUCCGUCGUCCGCAGGCCUUUGGGAUUUGGCAUUCGGCUGGACCGCCGCCGCCGGUAUAUUCUUUUAAGUAUUCGUUGUCACGACUGGCUUUACCGCCGUAAUCGAGUAUAUGGUUAGGUAAUCAGAAUUCAGUAAAUUUUCCGCGAAUUCCUUGCCGGCUUGUGUGAACUGUGAAUAUUUAUUUGUGAAACUUAUCGGUAAUUUGGUUGGAGAGUGGGAAUUUUGGGAAAUACUUGAUCGAGGGUGAGUUUGAUGGGGUUUCUUCCUGAAGCAUGGAGUAGUGUUGGAGUAAAGUGCGGUUAUGGUGGUUUGGGUGCGAUUUUGAGGAGAAAACAGGUUGAUUCUGCACAUACGAAGUCAUCUUCUUCGGGAAGUCAUCAUCUGUUAGCUAAGGCUUUGACUAUAUCAGAUCUUAUUGCUGUAGGAGUUGGUUCAACCAUUGGAGCUGGGGUAUAUAUUCUUGUUGGUACUGUUGCACGGGAGCAUUCAGGGCCUGCCUUGACAUUUUCUUUCCUUAUUGCUGGAAUAGCCUCCGCGCUUUCUGCCUUUUGCUAUGCUGAAUUGGCGAGUCGCUGCCCUUCUGCUGGAAGUGCCUAUCACUAUUCUUAUAUUUGCAUUGGAGAAGGUGUUGCUUGGUUGAUUGGGUGGGGAUUGAUCUUGGAAUACACAAUAGGAGGUUCGGCAGUUGCACGUGGCAUAUCCCCAAAUCUGGCCAUGCUUUUUGGAGGUCCAAGUAGUCUUCCUUCAUUUCUUGCUCGACAGACAAUCCCUGUCGUUGGUAUUGUCGACCCUUGUGCGGCUGUCCUAGUUUUAGUAUUCACAGGUCUCCUGUGCGUGGGAAUCAAAGAGAGUACAUUUGUCCAAGGAAUUGUUACUGCUGCUAAUAUUUGUGCCAUGAUCUUCGUCAUCGUAGCUGGCGGAUAUUUGGGAUUCAAGACUGGAUGGCCUGGCUACAAACUUUCGUCUGGAUAUUUUCCUUUUGGAGUGAAUGGGAUGCUUUCCGGGGCUUCGACUGUCUAUUUUGCAUACAUAGGUUUUGAUGGGGUUGCUAGUACUUCAGAAGAGGUGAAAAAUCCUCAGCGAGAUCUCCCCAUAGGCAUCGGCCUUUCAUUAUCCAUAUGUUGCGCGCUAUAUAUGUUGGUUUCUGCUGUUAUCGUCGGAUUAGUACCCUAUUAUGCAAUGGAUCCAGACACUCCUAUCUCUUUCGCCUUUGCUAGCCAUGGAGUCGAAUGGGCAUCGUAUGUAAUUGCAGUUGGAGCUUGUACUGCUCUUUGUUCAUCAUUGCUUGGUUCGAUGCUGCCGCAGCCUCGAAUACUCAUGGCGAUGGCAAGAGAUGGAUUGCUGCCGUCAUUUUUCUCGGUUGUCGAUAAAAGAACUCAAAUCCCUUUCAACAGCACCGUCGUGACUGGUUUACUCGCAGCAGCUCUGGCGUUUUUUAUGGACGUUGAGCAGUUGUCGGGAAUGGUUAGCGUCGGCACGCUGCUCGCAUUCACCGUGGUGGCGGUUUCAGUUCUGAUCUUAAGAUACGUUCCACCCAACGAGGUGCCGCUUCUGUCGUCUUUGCAGGAUACCGUCGAUACAGCUUCGAUGCAGUGUAGCUUCAGCUACAGCCCAGAUGGCGCCGAUUUGGAGAACACGGCGACUUGUGUUAUCGACGCAGAGGAGAGUGCGGCUGUGGUAAUUUGCGAAAACACUUUGAUCAAAGACCCUCUUAUCGCUAAAGUUUCCAGUCGGUUGAAAUUUCUCAUCGAUGAGGGGAUUCGGCGCAGGAUCGCCGGCUGGGCAAUCACGGUCGUGUGCAUAGGCGCUCUUGUUUUAACGACGGCAGCUUCGGAUUUAAGCCUCUACAGCCCUCUUCGAUUUUCACUCUGCGGCGUCGGUGGCAUCCUUAUGUUAUCCGGUCUAGCGUCACUCGCCUGGAUCGACCAGGACGAUGCAAGACACAGCUUUGGGCACACGGGAGGUUUCGUUUGCCCGUUCGUCCCGCUGCUCCCGACUGCCUGCAUUCUGAUCAAUCUCUACUUAUUAGUGAACUUGGGCGCUGCUACUUGGAUGCGCGUCUCGAUAUGGCUGGCGAUAGGGGCAGUUGUUUACCUGUGCUAUGGCUGCAGCCACAGCUCAUUGCGGCGGGCUGUGUAUGUACCUGUGGCUCAUGCUGGUGAAAUUUGCCGGGGCUCUUCGACCGGGCCGUCGACGUCGUGAUUGGAGACGAAGAUCAUCUCGUCACAACGCAGGUCAGCUCUUUGAAACCUCUCGAGUUAUAUAUAUAUAUAUAACGUGGAAAACAGUAGCGGAGUGUAUAUAUGUGAAUGAUCCGUACAGAAUGUAGUGUAAGUAUCGAGUCUGUGUGUAUGUAUAUAUGAUUUGUAUUUGGUAAUUAGAAGAGAUGAUUGUUUGUUUUAAGGGUUA